AUGAAUUCAAGCACUCCUUGGGUCGAGAAAUAUCGGCCAAAAAUUUUAUCGGAAGUGGUUGGAAAUGAAUUUGUGAUUCAACGCUUGGCUGCCUUUGCAAAGCAAGGAAACACACCAAAUAUCAUUAUUUCAGGACCGCCAGGAUGUGGCAAGACAACGAGUAUAUGGGCAUUAGCGCGAGAAAUGCUCGGUGAUCGUCUUAAAAGUGCAUGCUUGGAGCUGAAUGCCUCCGACGACAGGGGGAUAGACGUUGUACGAAAUAAAAUCAAAAAUUUUGCACAAAGUAAGGUAACAUUACCCCCAGGAAGGCAUAAAAUAAUCAUACUGGAUGAAAUUGAUUCAAUGACAGAGGGAGCACAACAGGCACUCCGAAGAACAAUGGAGGUAUAUAGUAAGACGACACGCUUUGCUCUUGCCUGCAAUCAGUCUGGAAAAGUUAUAGAACCGAUUCAGUCUCGGUGUGCUAUUUUGCGAUUUUCGAAACUUUCUGAGGAACAAAUUGUGAAGAGAUUGUUGGAAGUAUGUGAAGCAGAAAGGGUAAUUUAUGAUGAUAGUGGAAUUGACGCCCUAGUUUUUACUGCCCAAGGAGAUAUGCGACAGGCUCUUAAUAACUUACAGUGUACAGUAGUUGGUUUCAAUAAUGUUACGGCUGAUAAUGUUUUCAAGGUAUGUGACGAGCCACAUCCAAAAAUGGUAAUGCAAAUGAUUGAACACUGUGUUCAUGGGAAAGUAAUCGAAGCUGGUGAAAUUAUACACAGUCUUUAUCGGAUGGGUUAUUCAUCAGAGGAUAUCCUCAACAAUAUGGUUCGUGUGUGUAAAACAGUCAACAUUCCUGAAUAUCUGAAAUUGGAAUACAUGAAGGAAAUUGGUUUGUGUCAUGUGCGAGUUGUAGAAGGACUUAGCUCACUACUUCAAUUAUCUGCACUGAUUGCUCGAAUGUGCCUCAAACAAAGUCAGUGA